UAUGUGAAUGGUAUCGUUAUGUAGACGAUACAUCUGUACUUAUUAAUCCAGGUGCAAAUGUGGAUAACAUAUUAUCCAUACUAAAUAAUUUUCAUCCAUUCAUCAAAUUUACCCAUAAAUUAGAAAAUAAUGAUAAAUUGGAAAUCCUCGAUGCACAACUUUUUCGAUCACCUGAACAACAAUGCUUCGAGACGACAAUUUAUCGAAAGCCAAAAUUCACUGGACUAUUAACAAAUUGGUAUUCUCAUGUUCCCACUCAAUAUAUGAAAGCCAGUAUUGUUAGUAUGGUUAAUCGUGCACUCAUUAUAUGUUCAACAUAUACACUAUUAGGAGUUGAAUUUAAUUAA